AUUGAUUUGCUUUAAUAUUUUUCUAAUCCUUGUUUUACAAUGUUUUCAUUUUUCUCAGAUGUCAGAAGUUCUUGAUUUAAAUGUCCCGGAUGAGGAGAUGGAGGCCCUCUGUGGGGAGGAUAUGAUUCAAAAGGAGUGGCCGUCCGAGGGAGACACGUGCCAAAUACAGAACUGUCCUUUGACGAAUCAUACCUUCCACAAGAUUGGAUCGUACAGGGCACAUUUCAUCAAAUAUCAUAAGGCUCGAGUUCCAGUGUACUACUGUUACUCUUCAUCAUGUUCCUUCUCCUCAUUUAAGAUGAACAUGCUUCGGCGUCACAUGCGAGCCAAGCACUCAAGUUUACAAGGAUGUUGGAAUUCGUCCAUUAUCGAUAACCCUAGAUUUGUAAACCCCGGCAGAAUUGGGAUGCCACUUCCCACUAUUCACCGGGAGGCACGUGACGUAGCGGCAAGGGCUCGGCAGUGUGCGGUGAAGCCACUCUUUAACCUCCAAGAAUGGAAUGCUCGGGACCAGAAACCACAUUUCUUCUGACAUUUCUUUAAUUUAUUCUGAAACGAAAAUUUAUUGUGUAAAUUUUGUUUUUUUAAGGGGGGAGGAAUGUAGUGGUUUAGAUUUUUAUUUCAUAGCCAUCGUUUCGUAAUUCUUAUCUUACAAGUAUUUGCUGGUAUUUCAGUCUGAUAAUUCUAUUUACCAUUUGUUUUCAGUUGUUACUUACGUAAAAGUCCUUUAUUAUUUGUCUUUUAUAAGUUAGGACAUGAGUUGACAUUCCACAUGUUUUACUUUUUAAACAGGAAGUGUCAUCCAUGUUGGCAGUCUUUCCGUAGUACUUUUGAUACCUGCGUUCUGAUUGGUUAAUUUAGCUUUAGGAUCUUUGAUAGUCAUUGGCUUUUAUUUUGGGCCUUGUCAGGGUAUUUAAACCCGUGUUCGUGUAGUUUUCUUCACUUGGGUUGGGGAACACAGCCUCAUGGUUAGUUCCUCUUUUCUGUGCUAAGAAAACCUUAUGGUUUAUGAGCACUAUUUGAUUAGAUACUUAGUUGACUAAGAAAACCUUAUGGUUUAACAAGUUCUCUAGGUUUUGGCUUAGAUUUAGUUUCACGUUUUUCACAUGUUAGGAAACAGUUAGGAUGUAGGGUAUUUGAAGUAAAUUUAGUUUCCCCUUUCCAAGUCCAGCCUGGUCUAGGGAUAUGUAGAUAACAGGUUUAUUUUCUAGAACCACUAUUUAUUAUUUAUUUUUGGGUGUUGUUUAUUUUCUGGGUCAGUUAUUUUUAGAGCCUAUAAGAAUUAGUAUUGAUAUUUCCAGAUUAACUCUAGAGUGUUGAUAGUGUCAUAUUGGGUGAUGUAGCUCAUUCCUUUUACAUUUUUUUUCAUCUCUUUAGGAUUUUUGACUAUUUUCAUAAGUAUGGAGGCCCAGUAGGGACAUAGAUUAUUUUUCAUAAGUUUGCCACAUUCCUCCCAUUUUUCAUUACAUUUUUCAAUUAUUUAUUUAUUGAGGUUAUUCAUUGAGAUUAUUGAGAUUCAUUUUUUUUCAGAUUAAAUUACAUUUUAUUUUUGAUAAAGCUUUAUUUAUCCUGUGCCAUUUUCAAAGACUUUUCUGUUUGUUAAAUUUUGAUCAUUAUUUAUUAUUUGUUAUCAUUUACAACGGUUAAUUCUCACUUUAUUAAAUCUAUAAAACUUACAACUGUGUUUUCAUUUAGCGUUGACCAUAGUUCAGAAAUCCCCUUACCUGGGUUGAUCAUUGAUAACUGGAGAUAGUUUACUCCUUUAAGCCGAGUUGGCUAGUAACUUUGGUAAUUUAUACACUGAAGAGUUCUA